AAAGAUUCUCAGGGGCUGCUAAAUUCAUCUCUGAUGGCCUCCAGCACUGCCAGCCACUCAGAGGAUGAAGAGUCGCUGGCAGGGCAGAAUCAAGUUUCCUCUCAGGCCUUGGGCACCAUCCCUAAAUGGAGAAGCUCCUCCAGAUUCAUCAAGAGGAAGAAGUUUGAUGAUGAGCUGGUGGAGAGCAGCCUGGCUAAGUCCUCUACCCCGGUGAAGGGGGCCAGUGGGGUGGAGCCAGGGUGCUGUUCAGGGAGUGAACCUUCCUCUAGUGAGAAGAAGAAGGUGUCCAAGGCCCCUAGCACUCCCGUGCCGCCCAGCCCAGCCACAACCCCUGGACUCACCAAGCGUGUGAAGAAGAGCAAACAGCCACUUCAGGUGACCAAGAAUUUGGGCUGCUGGAAGCCUGUAGAUGACCUCCUGGUUGUCAACACUGUGCUGCAGACCAAUGACCUGACAUCUGUCCAGCUGGGUGUGAAGUUCAGCUGCCACUUCACCCUUUGGGAGGUUCAGAAGUGCUGGUAUGGCCUGCUCUAUGAUCCUGUCAUCUCCAAGCUGGCCUGCCAAGCCAUGAGACAGCUGCACCCAGAAGCCAUUGCUGCCAUCCAGAGUAAGGCCUUGUUUAGCAAGGGAGAACAGCUGCUGAGCAAAGUGGGAUCAACCAGCCAGCCCACCUUGGAGAUGUUCCAGGACCUGAUCCACAGACACCCUGAUGCCUUCAACCUGGCCUGUACUGCCAAGGCCUUGCAGGCCCACUGGCAGCUCAUGAAGCAGUAUUACCUACUGGAGGACCAGACAGUGCAGCCACAGCCUAAGGGGGACCAAGUGCUCAACUUUUCAGAUGCAGAGGACCUGAUUGACGACAGUAAGCUCAAGGAUAUGCGAGAUGAGGUCCUGGAACAUGAGCUGACAGUGGCCGACUGGCGCCAGAAACGAGAGAUCCAACAGCUGGCACAAGAGCUACAUAAGUGGCAGGUGCUGGUAGACAGCAUCAUAGGCAUGAGCUCUCCUGACUUUGACAACCAGAUGCUGGCAGUGCUGCAGGGCCACAUGGUGCAGUACCUGAUGUGCUCCCAAGAGAUCACCCUGGGCAGAGCAACCAAGGAUAACCAGAUUGAUGUGGACCUGUCUCUGGAGGGUCCUUCCUGGAAGAUCUCCCAGAAGCAAGGUGUCAUUAAGCUGAAAAAUAAUGGUGAUUUCUUCAUUGCCAAUGAGGGUCGGCGGCCCAUCUACAUUGAUGGACAGCGGGUACCGUGUGCCUCCAAGUGGCACUUCAGCAACAACUCUGUGGUGGAGAUUGCCAACCUGAGAUUCAUCUUCCUCAUCAACCAGGAUCUCAUUGCCCUUAUUCAUGCCAAGGCUGCCAAGAUCACGCUACAGUGA